AUGGAUCACCUGACUGCGCUCUUCCAGGAGAUGUGGCGUCAAGGUGAAGUCCCGCAAGAUUUCAAGGACGCAACUAUCGUGCACCUAUACAAGCGAAAAGGGAAUCGCCAAGUCUGCGACAACCACCGCGGCAUCUCCCUACUGAACAUCGGCGGGAAGAUCUUCGCUCGCAUCCUGCUCAACCGCCUCAACAACCAUCUGGAACAGGGCCUUCUGCCGGAAAGCCAAGGCGGCUUCCGUCGUCAUCAUGGGACCACGGAUAUGAUCUUCUCCGCCCGUCAACUACAGGAGAAGUGCCAGGAGAUUCGGACCCACCAGUACUCUACCUUCGUGAACCUGACGAAAGCCUUCGACACGGUGAAUCGUGAAGGACUGUGGAAGAUCAUGCAGAAAUUCGGCUGUCCGGAGCGAUUCACUCAGAUGGUGCGUCAGCUGCACGACGGUAUGAUGGCGCGAGUCACGGACAACGGAGCUGUCUCAGAGGCAUUCGUAGUGACCAACGGAGUGAAGCAGGGCUGUGUGUUGGCGCCUACCCUCUUCAGUCUUAUGUGCUCUGGCAUGCUGAUGGACGCCUACCGCGACGAACGCCCUGGAAUCCGCAUCGCCUACAGAACGGACGGUCGUCUGCUGAAUCAACGGUGCAUGAACUUCCAAUCGCGCGUAUCCACAACCACCGUGCACGAACUCCUCUUCGCCGACGACUGCGCCCUGAACACCACCUCCGAAGCGGAGAUGCAACGGAGCAUGGACCUAUUCUCCGCCGCCUGCGAGAACUUCGGUCUGAUCAUUAACACGCAGAAGACGGUGGUGAUGCACCAACCUCCGCCCAACUCAGCCACAGCCCCCAACGCGCCGCACAUCAAUGUGAAUGGGACCCAACUGCAAGUGGUAGAGAACUUCCCGUACCUGGGAAGUACCCUAUCUCGCAACACCAAGAUUGAUGACGAAGUCGCCAACAGGAUAUCGAAAGCCAGUCAAGCCUUCGGUCGCCUCCAAAGCACAAUCUGGAAUCGCCACGGUCUCCAACUGAGCACAAAGCUGAAGAUGUACAAGGCCGUCAUCCUGCCGACGUUACUGUACGGAGCAGAGACAUGGACGGUGUACACGAGACAGGCACGUCGUCUGAACCACUUCCACCUCAGUUGUCUUCGUCGCAUCCUGAGGCUGAACUGGCAGGAACGAAUCCCCGACACAGAAGAACUGGAACGUACGGGAAUGCUCAGCAUCUACGCCAUGCUGAGACAAAUUCAGCUGCGCUGGAGCGGCCACCUGGUGACUAUGGACGACGAGCGACUACCCAAACGACUCUUCUAUGGAGACGUCGCGACGGGUUCUCGUCGUCAAGGAGGCCAAAUUCGCCGUUACAAGGAUACCCUGAAGUCCUCCCUGAAACGCCUGCAAAUCAACCCGACCAACUGGGAAGAGCUCGCUCGCGAUCGUCCGACAUGGAGGAGAACAGUGAAGACGGGCGCUGCUAUCUAUGAAGCCAACCGCAUCGCCGCCGCCAAAGUGAAAAGUGAAGCCCGCAAAUCACAAUCUCGCCCAGUACGCAACGCCGCCGCACAACCGCUCCCUACGUGUCCUCGAUGUCAACGGACAUUCCGGGCACGAAUCGGACUUGUUGGACAUCUCCGAACCAACUGCACCUCUCGAACUGCUCCAGCCAUCGUCCCCCCGCCCGCCUCUUCCUCCUCUCUGCCGCCAACUAACUCUGACACUCCUGCACCACCACUUCCAUCCUCCUCCUUCUCCUCCACUGCCCCAGCGGCGGCCGUUCAGACUGCCGUCUCACACAUCACCAACCCCGACACAAUAACCGCCACCACCCCCACCUCUCCCGAUUCCAGUGAUGAGGAUCAGGACUACACCUGCCCUCACUGCGACCACACCUUCACCUCUCGCAUCGGCCUGAUCGGUCACUUGCGAAUCCAUCGCACAGAGACUGGUGAGCCAGUGCCUGGAGCACCAACCUACACCCACCGCACUCGCCUCCACUGCCCACAAUGCCCUCGCACCUUCACUCACUGCAUGGGCCUGUUCGGCCACAUGCGCAUCCACGAGAGCGGAAUUGACCGCAGCCUUGACACACCCUACCCGCCGAGCCCCACUCCCAAUCCAUCACCUUGUGCACCCACUAACCACUCCCCAGCCGACAUCGACGCCACCGACCUUACCACCCCUCACUCCUCCCCUUCCUCCUCCUCUUCCUCCUUCACUGCCACAACGACGGCCGCUUCGGCGUCUGUCGCCCACGACUUCACCACAGCCGAACCUGACACAACAACAGGCACAACCCCUGCAACCCCCAUCAUCAGACGUGAGGGCCAGGACUACAUCUGCCCUCACUGCAAUCGCACCUUCACUUCACGCAUCGACCUGGUCGGUCACUUGCGAAUCCAUCGCACAGAGACCGGCGAACCAGUGCCUGGAGCACCAACCUACACCCACCGCACUCGCCUCCACUGCCCACACUGCCCUCGCAUCUUCAGGCAUCGCAGGGGUCUAUUCGGCCACAUGCGCAUCCACGACGACCUGCGGUAG